GAGAAACUCAGUGGUUGUGUGGCGGCGGUAGUGGACGGUCGAGCUUUCACCUACACUCUCGAGCGGGAAGUUAACUCGGCACGGAGGGCUGACGCCGUGCCCCGUGUCAGACAUCCGACCCGACCUCAGUCGGGCUCCUGACGCUGCAGCGUGAUACACUCUAGUGACAAACCUUACCAGCCAUGAGACUAGUGGUGCUGGUGUUAGCGGUGGCGGUGACUGUGACGCACGCCGAGGAGUUGACGCGAGACAAGAGAAGUAUUGGCAAAUGGUUCUCUGGCCUCUUCAAGGGAUGGAAGAAGGAAUCAGAGGACGACUAUGGUCCACGUCCCAUCAUCACCGUGCCUGUGCCUCACCCUCGCCCCGUCUACCACCCCCCUGUAGUGAAGCAUUACUACAGGCCUCCACCUGUCCACAUUAAGCCCACUUACGGUCCACCUCCCCCACGCUAUGGUGGCGGAGGUGGCGGAGGCCACUUCGCAGGAGGUCACUUCGCAGGAGGUCACGGAGGUGGCAGCCACUUCACAGGGGGCUUUGGAGGUGGGGGCAACGGAGGUGGUGGGCACGGAGGCGGCGGCCACUUCGCAGGGGGCCAUGGAGGUGGCGGCCGCAUCAAAGGAGGCCUUGGGGGCGGUGGCCACAUCAAAGGAGGCCUUGGGGGCGGUGGCCACAUCAAAGGAGGCCAUGGAGGCGGUGGCCACAUCAAAGGAGGCCAUGGAGGCGGUGGCCACGUCAAAGGAGGCCUUGGGGGCGGUGGCCACAUCAAAGGAGGCCAUGGAGGCGGCGGCCAAAUCAAAGGAGGCCAUGGAGGCGGCGGCCAUGGAGAAGGAAUCCCACAUGGUUUCGGCCCGGUGAAGCACUCGGAUGUGGUUCACUCCGGCGGUGGCUCCUACAGCCCCCCGCCACCCCCCGUUGACAGCUAUGCUCCUCCUCCUCCAGUUGACAGCUACGGUCCUCCUCCAGUUGACAGCUACGGUCCUCCUCCAGUUGACAGCUACGGUCCUCCUCCAAUUGACAGCUACGGUCCUCCUCCAGUUGACAGCUACGCUCCUCCUCCAGUCGAUAAUUACGCUCCUCCUCUACCAGGUGAUAGCUAUAGUGCACCGUCAGUGCCUAUCGUACCUGUUGUUCCCCAGGUGUUAGGAGACAGUUACAGUCCACCAGUAGUUCCGGUGGGACCAGUUGUUCCAGACCUGAGUAACGAGUACCGUGCACCGCCGUCUUUCCCCCCACCCAUGGCAGCCCAUGGCUCUUCUUCCUCUUCCUACCUCGGUUUCCAACCUUCCCAACCCCUUCCUAUAGAAUCUCUUAUUCCGGUGGCGCCAGUUGGACCUCCAGCGCCGCUCUACGACCUUCCUUCCGCAUCGGGUGGAGGUGCACUGGGUGGAGGUUCACUGGGUCUAGGUGGUCUGGGUGGAGGUGCACUGGGUCUAGGUGGUCUGGGUGGAGGUGCUCUUGGUGGAGGUGCACUGGGUGGAGGUGCUUUGCCUCCUGCUCAACUUGACAUCUUCCCCCCUGGUGGUGAUAGUCGAGGAGCGUUCGGUAGUGAUGGCAAUUUCGAAGUUACUGGGAAUUUCGGAGGAGGUGGUGGUUUAUUCCCCGUAGAUAUAACCGACCAAUACUCAGCUCCAGCUAUUACAGCCCCAGUGACGUUUGAGGCCGAGCUAGGAUACGACGAUCCCAUCAUUGAGAUUGUAUUCGAGGAUGGUGACCCCGCUCCUCCACCUCCCCCGCCCAUCAUCGAUCCAGGUGUGUUUUCAAUACCGGAAGAACCAGUUGAGGUUUAUUUCAUUGAGUACUCACCAGGUGAUAACAUCGAUGACAUCAAGGGUCUGAAUUUAGACGGUGCACAGCCAGGUAUCCUGAGUGACCUGCCAAAGGAACUACCCGCUGAUGUCCGUUCUCAGCUCUUGGAUUCUGGAUUGCUGGAUGACGCUGAUGUUCAAGUUAUUAAUUUAGAGGAUGCCUUAACUCAAAACUAUUUAGACAAAGAGACACGAGAGGCUCUGUUGGAGGUGUAUGGCUCCGAGAGUCGCCGUGCUGAGAGGAAGGUCGCUGCACCAUCAAAGGAGGCCGUCGACGUCAAGGUUCGCCGCCUGGUAGGGGACGACAACACUAGCGAAGGAAUUGCUGGGUUAAUUUCUGGUCUUGGCAAAUUCCGUGAGGGACGUUUCGCUGGAGUUGUGGAAGCUAAUGAUGAAGAUUCGAAAAAAUUCCUUCCGGUAGUAGUUGAUGGUGCCAAAUUACCUUUGCCGGAGGAACUUGACCUAGAAGGACGUGAGGUGGCUGGAGUUCUAGUGCUGGCUUCCGGUGAAAAUGACGAAUCACCAAAGCCCCCGGCCAAUGCCAGCGAUCCAGAACACAACCUGGUUGAGUCAGCGUCAACUUUACAGCCUGUGGUGAAGGAACCGGACACCGCCGAAGAGCGAGUGGACCGGCAGUGGAAUGGCGACCCUAAUGGGUGGCGCCCCAUCUGGAACUGAUCCACCAGCCAGCAAGCCUCCCGGACUUGACCUGCCCACUCCCUCUCCAUCUGCUCUGGAAUGUUCUUGCUUCCUCCUGAGAAUCAACUUCUCAAGACUUGGAAUCGUUAGAUUAUAAUUAUACAGACUGUGACUCUUUAUCUAAAUUAAAAUUCUUCGUCUGGCAAGCGGGCACAUCCCCAGCCGACGCAUCUCGUGACUCAGCUGUCGUCAAUUUCCACAUUUCGUAGCGAGGGCAUUGCCCUCACCAAAGAAAACAAAUAAUUUUGUGAAAUAUCUUUCUUUCGAGUUGUCGAGUGAUGCGUAGCUUUACUCUACUGAAUCAUGCUGUACAUAUUGCUGUCUUAGUUUUAAUGAACAUAUCUUGAAUAGGUUUAAGGUUGUUUUUAGUCAGGGUAAAAUCUUAUGUUUUCAAGCUAAACUACAGGAUAUAAAGUGUCCCUACAUCUCAGGAUCAUCACAAUAGUGUGUACAUACUGCCUGCUGAACUUCUGGACCAGUUAUUAUACUUUACGAAAUGUUUAAGCAAAUUCUUGGUUGUGUCUCAGAUGCUGAUAAUAAGACAGGUGAUGUCUGAGCCUCAAGUGGUGUCGUGUGUUGUCUCUUUAGUUAGAAUAUUUAUGUACUUAUCCCUGUUGCCUUUUACCUGUACAAUGUUGCUCAAGUGACCACAACUUUCUGCAGGCAGAAAAAAUAAUCAGCAUCUUUAUCUAGAAUGUUUCUCGUGUGCAGAUAUUUUAUUGUACAGUAAUUUAAUAAAUAAAACUAAAACUG